AUGAAAAAUCACACACAUGUGACAGAGUUCAUCCUCCUGGGAUUGUCAGAUGACCCAGACCUUCAAAUGGUCAUUUUCUUCUUUCUCUUACUGGCCUACAUACUCAGCAUUGCUGGGAAUGUGACUAUCAUCAUCCUCACCCUGCUGGAUUCUCACCUCCAGACCCCAGUGUAUUUCUUCCUCCGGAAUUUCUCCUUCUUGGAAAUUUCCUUUACAACUGCCAGUGUCCCCAGAUUCUUGGGCACCAUUAUUACUGGGGAUAAGAUCAUUUCCUACAAUGGCUGUAUGGGUCAGCUGUUUUUCUUCAUUCUCUUGGGAGUAACUGAAUUUUGCCUUUUAGUGGCCAUGUCCUAUGACCUCUACGUUGCCACCUGCAAACCCCUGCAUUACACAACCAUCAUGAGCAACCGAGUCUGCACUUUGCUUGUGUUCUGCUCAUGGUGGGUUUCAUUUAUGAUCAUCUUCCCAGCAAUUAUUCUUAUGCAGCAGCUUGACUAUUGUGCUGAUAAUAUAAUUGACCAUUUCACCUAUGAUUAUUCUCCCCUCUUACAACUAUCCUGCACAGAUACACAAUUCUUAGAGACAAUGGGCAUUUCCUGGGCUACAGUGACUCUCAUGUUUACACUGGCAUUAAUAAUUCUCUCUUACAUAUAUAUCAUCCAGACAAUUCUGCAGAUCCCCUCUGCCAGUCAGAGGAAAAAGGCUUUUUCCACCUGUUCUUCUCACAUGAUUGUUAUCUCCAUUUCUUAUGGUAGCUGCAUCUUCAUGUACAUCAAACCGUCAGCAAAGGACAGAGUCUCUUUGAGCAAGGGAGUUGCUGUGCUUAAUAUAUCAGUAGCCCCCAUGUUAAAUCCCUUCAUUUAUAGCCUAAGGAAUCAGCAAGUGAAACAAGCCUUCAUGGACAUGAUACGUAGAUUUUGCCAUUAUCACACUAUUUCCUUGACUAGAAACCUGACAAUCCCCUACUUGACCAUAACCUUUUCUCCAUAA